UCUGACUUUUUGUGUUCUAUCCUAGGUACAAGAAAAUGAAGGCAUGCAUAUCCCCUUGGCCUGAGAUCAACAGACCAAAGAAAGUAGCUGGAGGGGAGUUGAAGAGAUUCCCAGAUAGACUUUUUGCAGUCCCUCCUAGAAUAGCUAAGGGAUUUGUUCCAGGGGUCAAUGCAGAAUCUUAUCUGGAAGACAAUAGGUUGUGGAAGAAGCAUGUGAAUUCUUAUAAAAGGAUCAAUCAAUUAAUUGGAACUGAGAGAUAUAGGAACAUGAUGGAUAUGAAUGCUGGGCUUGGAGGUUUUGCUGCAGCACUUGAAUCACCAAAAUCAUGGGUAAUGAAUGUUGUGCCCACCAUCGCUGACAAAAAUACUUUGGGAGUUAUAUAUGAGAGGGGAUUGAUUGGAAUAUAUCAUGACUGGUGUGAAGCCUUCUCCACUUACCCUAGGACAUAUGACCUCAUUCAUGCUUGUGGAAUAUUCAGCUUGUACCAGGACAAGUGCAAGGUGGAAGACAUCCUUCUUGAGAUGGACCGAAUUUUACGGCCAGAGGGGGCAGUUAUAUUCCGGGACGAUGUAGAUGUAUUGAAUAAGGUAAAGAAGGUAGCAAGUGGAAUAAGAUGGGACACCAAGAUUUUCGAUCAUGAAGAUGGACCACUUUUGCCAGAGAAGAUACUGGUUGCAGUCAAACAGUAUUGGGUCGGCAGUGACAGUGAUGGUAUAUAAUUAUCAGGAAUGAGCCAUGCAAUGGGGAAACCAGGGAAGCAUGCUUGUUAGACUAGAGUUUAUAUUUAGAAAAAAAAAAGGAAAAUUCUGAGUAUAGGUUCAGGUGUUCUCUUCGCAUAUUUAUACAACGAAAAAAAUAUAUAUAUUCUCUUUCUCAGAUUCAUCUCAUGCAGUGAUAUGUUUCUAAAUUUUAUUCUUAUCAUUGCGAUGUGGACCGUUUAUAUGAUCUGUAGUUUAAAUCUAUCAUGUACAGCACAAAAAUAAUCCAAUGAGAUUUUUUCUCCUCUUUCCCCUCCAA